AUGAGUUCUCAAUCCGUCUCCGAUCUCCCGCAUCCUGGACCUUUGACCGAAGAGCAACGUAAAAUUAUCAGGAGCACCGCGGCCGUGCUGGCCCAACAUGGCUCCACUAUCACCCGUCACUUCUACAUAACGAUGCUUGACGAGAAUCCCGAUCUAAAAAAUGUCUUCAAUAGCUCCAAGCAAAUGAAAGGACAUCAGGCGGAUGCACUCGCUGCUGCUCUUUACGCAUACUCGGUGAACAUCGAUGAUCUUACUCCACUGCUACCAGCUGUCGAACGAAUCUGUCACAAGCACGCAUCACUACGCAUUACUCCGCAGCAGUACGCGAUCGUGGGCAAAUACCUAAUGAGAGCGAUCACCGAUAUCCUCGGUACGGAUAUUUUUGCGGGCGAAUUGUAUACUGCGUGGGAAGUCGCCUACUGGCAGCUUGCACAUCUGUGUAUCAACCGCGAAGCCGAGCUUUAUGAAGCCGCAGGUUGGGUGGGCUGGAAGGAGUUCACAGUAUCCAAGCGCGUGCAAGAAUCUCGUGAUAUUACGAGCUUCUACCUGACGCCAAAGGACGGUAAACCGCUGCCCCGAUAUCGUCCUGGGCAGUAUACCGCCGUACAGAAGUACGUCAAGGAGCUCGGAUUGUGGCAGGCGCGACAAUAUUCAAUUUCCGAUGCGUAUACUUCAGACCAUUUCCGGAUCAGCGUCAAGCGAGAAGCUGGACUACAAGCUACUGUUCCUGGUUCGGGGCAGGUCGACACUACCGAUGUUGCCCAUCCCGGGUGGAUAUCCAAUUUGUUACACGAUACCCUUCACGAAGGCGACGACAUCACCGUUGCAGCGCCAUUCGGAGACUUCUUCCUUGACGAGAAGUCCACUGCUCCCGUAGUUUUCCUCGCCGCCGGUGUAGGCCUCACUCCACUUCUCUCGAUGCUGAACUCUAUCUUCUCUGGACAACCAUCUCCACCAGCUGGACCGAUUUCCUGGAUACAGGCAUCUCGCUCGCGCGCGCACCAUGCCUUCGAAGCACAUGUUCGCUCUCUGGCUGCAGUCAAUCCCCAGCAACUAUCCAUUGCAUUCUUCUAUUCACAACCCGAAGACACCGUUCACGAGACGGACCAGUAUGUCGCUGGGCGGAUGGACCUGAGGUCAAUCAAAGCUGAACUCCUCCAUAUACAAAACUCAGACACCAACUACUACAUAUGCGGACCGGGUCAAUUCAUGACAGAUAUGACGAGGGAGCUGAAGAAAAAAGGAGUGCAAUCAGCCAGGAUACAUGCAGAAGUAUUCAGUGGCGGCGGAUUCCCGCAGUAG